AUGAAUGAUAGCCACCGGCACGAUCAGCUCAGCAGUGAAGCGUCCAUCAUCCUUUCACUGUGGCUCUCUAUUUCUGGUUUUGCAGCUGUCACUGGAAAUAUAGUUGAGUUGUGGCUGUUCUACAAAAAUGAGUCUUUACGAAGAAUUUCCAACCGUUUUUUAGCCUCUUUAUCCGUAGCAGACCUUUUAGUUGGGCUUGUGAUAGCUCCUACCUGGAUCAUUUUCAUCUGGUGGUUUACAUUUGACAGCGUCUUUUUAGAAUGGUUGUGGGUUCACACAACCACCGCAACCACUUAUAACAUUUGCUGUAUUUCUGUCGACCGUUUCAUUGCGAUUUGGUUUCCUUUCCGUUAUCAGGAAAUUGUAACAAAGACAAGAUGUUACACAGUGAUUAUUUUGGUGUGGUUAUUUUCACUGGGUCUUCCUUUCUCGACGUUGCCGGUGAAAGACAAGGAAAAUUUCAAUAUUGUGAUGUUAUGGAUUUCCCUGGCAUUCAUAACAUUUGUUAUUCCAUUACUUGUGGUCUCAUGUUCCUAUAUUUUAAUUUUCAAAUCAGCAAAAAAACAGUUUUAUAGAAUACUAGCAGGAGAAAGUCCUAUAACAUAUAACGACAAUUUUAGAGUUGGUAGUAUGAAAAAUUUUAAAGCUAUUAAAACCAUCGGUUUUGUCUUGGGUGCUUGUAUUAUCACAUGGAUGCCCAGUCUCGUUUAUCUGUUUGUUGAUUUUUAUUAUACCGUGAUAAAUGACUGGGAUAAAAGUUGGAGAUUAUAUUAUGUUGUGUGGCCUUGGGUUGAGGUAUUCGCUUUUACUUCAUCAGCGAUCGAUCCAUUUUUAUAUUUCUUUCGAAAUAAAGAGUUCCGCCAAGCCUUUCGCCGAACCUUUCGUUGGUUACUCUGCAGACACAGCACAAGAAACACCUGGCUGAAAUCAGGUGGAAACCUGAUGGUACGAAAUGCUUUUAAAAGAUCUAGAGAUAGAGCGGUUAGGGAGACAAAGCUCUGAGGAUAUCUUAAAGGAAACAGGACUCUGCCAUUGAUAGAUGAUGUUGAAGUGAGCUGCCACCUCAGUUUGUGAAUUUCUUAUUAAAAUAGCGAUCUGAAAUCUAAUAAAAAAAUCCUCUUUGCAACAAUGCUUAGCUUGGCUGUCUCUCAGUAAAUCGUAUCACUUGUUAUCUUUAAGAAACUUCUAAACUUUUAUUGCAUGAGAGUGUUUUUCAUAUAUCUUGACAAACUAUUAAUGUUUUGUGACAGGCAUUUGACUGGGGCAAAAUUACGUCUGGAAAGACCUGUCUGAUAUGACAAAAUGAGAAAUUUUUCUUAUAUUUUAAUUAACUUUUACUAAGAAAGAGAGUUAGGUGAGAUAAGCUUAAAAAUUAUUACUUCCGAUGGUCAUCAAUUGUUUAUCCAACAUCUGAUAACAGUUCAAAAAGGAUUUAUUACAAGGUCAACCAAAACGUCCGCCACGCAUAACGAGGCUAAAAACCGGUUGGAAAUAGUUCUUAAAGACUCGUUUUUGUAGAACAGCCACAAAACUAGAGUUCAUAGCAAUUUGUUUAUGAUUACAAUAAUGCUGUGGAUUCAUACAACCGCGGCCACUACUUUUAACUCGUCCUGUGUUUCAAUUGACCGUUUCAUUGCGUUUCGCUUUCCUUUCCGGUAUCAGGACAUUUUAAGUAAGAGGAGAUGCUUUGCGGUCAUAAUUUUCGUG